AUGUGGCUCUACCUGGCUGCCCUGCUGGGGCUUUACUUCCUUCGCCGAUGGUACCAGGAGAGACAGACGGUGGAGAACCUGACGGAGAAAUAUGUCUUCAUCACGGGGUGUGACUCUGGCUUUGGAAACCUACUUGCCAGGCAGCUGGAUGCCCGGGGCCUGCGGGUGCUGGCAGCCUGCCUCACGCAGAAGGGGGCAGAGCAGCUGGGCAAGGGCACCUCAGGGCGCUUGAAAACCACCAUUCUGGAUGUGAGCAGCACAGAGAGUGUGGCGGCCGCGACGGAGUGGGUGAAAGGGUGCAUUGGAAGCAAAGGUGAAUCUCUACCUUCCUUGUGGUGCCUCUGUGCUAUUGGUGGGACGGGGGACGCCCCCUGCUUCAUCUCCAGGGCUGGCACCACGCCCCUCCCCAGUUGGGCACCCAAUAGGGAAGCUCGGCGGGGGCGUGGCUUGAGGCUCAAAUGCAGCCGCGCCAGCCAUCCCCACAAUUGCACACACAUUUUCUUCGAGUCACCCACCCUCCACUCCCUUGAGACUAGCUGUUCCUGAGACUUUGCUAUGGACCUCUGGUUGGUCGCCCUGUUGAACCAGGGGGCCUGGUAGGAGUUUUUUUCCAAUUGGCUAAAUUGGCCCGGCCUCUUGGUUUUUUUCGCCUACCUCGUAGCAACCGUCACAACUUUCGUGGUAUUUGGCGGUUAGGCAUUGGAAUGUGUUGUUGGUGUUUCGGUGGGCAAGGUGUGGCCAUCGCCUUCCCUGACAAUUUUGGGUAUUCCGCUAAAGGAAUCCAGUGGUUGUGGAUCCUGUCCGAUGCCCUUGGGGCGGGGGGGCCAUGGCACGACCCUCGGUGACAUCAGGAAGAGAGCCUUUAGUUGGAUUAGCAUCAACAGGCUUCCCCUACUGGUGGUUAACCCCUCCUCAGACUCACCCCUCUACGAGUGGGUGGAGUCUAAUGUUCCGUGGUCCAAUGCCUAAGCCAAUACCUUCUCACAUGCUGUAAUCAACAAAGUUGUGGCCUUUACCUUACCCAUUAACCUUACAUUCUGUGUCCACGUGUCUUUAUUCCCCAAGCGGGGAUCGGGUCCUUGAAUCACAAACAUACGUUCUUUCUCACAGGGCUUUGGGGCUUGGUGAACAACGCAGGCACAGCUCUACCAUCAGGUCCCAACGAAUGGCUGACCAAAGAUGACUUUGCAAAGGUGAUCAAUGUCAACCUUCUUGGGAUGAUUGAUGUGACACUACACAUGGUGCCUCUGGUGAGGAGAGCCAGAGGGAGGGUGGUCAACAUCUCCAGUGUGAAUGGACGCCUGGUAAUCUAUGGAGGUGGUUACUGCCCAUCCAAGUUUGGUGUGGAAGCCUUCUCUGACAGCCUGAGGUAAAAACAGCAGCUCUUUAAUGUCUUCUUUUGCUUACUUUAGUGCAACAUCUGCCAUACUCCCUAACCACUUGCCAGGCUGGAAGUGGCUGAUGCGAGUCCUCCUGGUUUAGUUGCCAAGUCUGGGGAAAGUGGGCUGCAGGGAAGAAAGAGCUGGGAAAUAUGGCAGCUGCUCAGGGCUUUGCCCAAGACUCGCACAACUUGAGAUGAAUGUAUCCAGGAAGGAUCUCAAAAGAGAAGAUAGACAGGGACUGGAAGGUGUCUAAAGGAUAGUUGCAAAACCAUAUUGAAAAAUCAGAACUCCUAUUAGAAUAAACAAGUUCCGUUUUAAAUACUGAAAUACUAAGAUGGAUGACAAUGUGUAAUAGAAAAAGAAGCAUGAAAUUAGGUUAAAGGUGUGUGAAAGAAAGUAACAGAAGUGGAUAGAAAUUGCAAUUGAGUAGAUUGGAAGUCUAACACAAAGGUGGGGUGAGGGGUGGUGGAUGGUGAUGGGAAAAGGAAUUAUCUGUGGGAUUGAGUGUAGGUAUGUUUGAACAUUUUUAAGGAUUGUAUGAAAUGUAUGUUUGUAUGCUUGUAUAUUUGCAAUAUGUGUGUAUUAAUGCUGAAUUAUUUUAAUAAUAAAUUUUUUUCGGAAAAAGAAAAAAGAAGGUAUCCAGGCACAGGCCAUGCCCACAUCUGGCCUUGAACCAAACUUUUCAAAUCACAAGCCCGCAAUUGGAUGUGUGGCUCUCAGUCCAGGACCUUCUCAUUAAUGGUGAACAUGCUAUGGAUGUCCCCCUGUUUUCCUUAGAAUAGUUCGUGUAGAGUGUGGUGGUAAAGGGUUAACCUUUCUGUGUCUCACGUCUGAGGGAAGGGCUUCCACGGGAAGUCAGCCAGGAUGUUACGUCACAGCUCUUUGUUGUGCUGUGAGAAGUGCUUUCGUUUUUCAGCCGGUCGCUGCUCCGAGGAAGAAAGGAGUCAGAGAAAAUGGAGCUGGAUACUGAUGGCCUGUAAAUAUGCUGUUUUUGCUUAAUAAAAUGCUUCUAGAAUAGAGAAGCUGUCUGGACUUGAUUUAAUGUCUUUCUCACACAGACCAAAGCUGUGCAUCUGCUAAUUGCUUUCUCCCGGGGCUGCGCUUGAAAAGCUGGCGCAACGGAAGCGUAAGCUGGACAGAAAAGCAAUAAAUCUUCAGGUUAUGGAACCACGCCAAGAGUGUGAGAAAGAACGUAACUUAAAAGCCUGCAGGUCAGCUUGAUCUACUGCCAGAGGCUUCACAGGCAGAUCUGAGUUUGCUGACGGAGGGGAACAACGGAGCCAAGGCUUUCCGGAAUGCCCGGUUUAGCAGAAGAGUGAGUAUUCAAGCUACUCUAGCCGACAGAAGGGAAGGGGAAAGAAUGGCCCAUCCCCAGGGACAGGUCUUUGGGUUUAAUAUGCCGUGUCAGAGACUGAGUGGCCAAAAUUGGCUGGAAUGGUCUUUUGCAAUGGAGUACCUGCUAGUGGGGGAGCAGCUGUGGCACUUGGUGCAACCCCCACAGCCCGAAGUUGGGAAUGCAAUGGCUGAGGAAGCUGCAGUUCAAACUGAGCUGAAACAGCGUGUGCUCAGAAUUCUGGCCGAAAGCGUCGAGGCUUGUCUUUUGCCAGUCCUACAGGGUGCCAAUGAGCCAAGGGUCGCUUGGGAAUCCCUCCUAAAAGCUUGUGGAGCUGGAGGCAAGGACCAGGAAGUGGCUGGAGUUGCACCAGAGGUGGCAGAGAGCCAAGAUGGCGCUGGCCAGAGCCUUGAGAGCUCUUCGAAAGCUGAGAGGAGCCUUAAGCCCCCAAGGGGGAGUGAAGGGACUGUUGCUAUUCCUGUUGCUGCUGCUGGUGCUGUUGCUGUGCCUGAGAGCUGUUUGGAUGCUGCAACACAUCUGUGUGAGGAGCCAGGAGAGAGGCUAAGCACCGGGAGCCCUGUGCCCAGCAGAGGGGGUGCAGGCAAAAGCCCUGCCAGCAGUGGGGCGGGGGCAGUCAGCAGUGAAAGCUCUGAGAAGCCUCUUUCUCCAAAAGUUUCCAAGUGUUAUUUUCGUCCUGAGCCGGAGCCUAGCUGUGGGAAGCUUUGUGCUACUAGAGUUUCCAAGGUUGCCCAUCUGGAAGAGUAUCUGAUAACAGAGUCGGUGCAGCGUGAGAACGUCGGGAGAAGUCCAGUCUCUAUGGCAACAGAGAGAGCUGCAUCUAUGGAAGCUGUGAAGGCUGUGGGCAAGUCCCCCAGCCGGGGGGAGACUGUUGCCGUGACAACCGCAGAGGACAUCUGCAGAGGCCCCAGUCAGGGGGGCAAUGAGAGGGAAAGCGUUGCCAUGACAAUUCUUCAGGAAUGUCAACAACCAGAAACCCUCACUGUCGUCAUAGACUCAGGAGCGACAAACACUCUAGUGCCCUCUCCUGAUCUUUUGCGAAAUUGCAGGACAGUAAAAACUGACAGAUUUGUGACGCUUGCUGAUGAGAGUCAAAAAACGCUCACACAGGCCGGGACACUUUAUUGUUCCUUUCUUAAACAUGAAAUCCAAGCUUUUGUGGUGCCAUGUUUAGCUAAUUGUUUGCUAAGCGUGUCUGAUUUAAUUGCUGACAAUUUCUGUGUGUCUUUUGCAGUUAACCAGUGUGUGUUUUCCAGGAAUGGUGAACAGCUGUACUCAGUACAGUCCAAAGGCAAUUUUUUUCUUAUAGAGAUGCCGCUUUCUACUGAGGAUGACACCGAAGAUGCAAGGGGGCAAUGUGUGAAUGUAGCACCCCAUGAUGGUUGCCCACAUAUCUGGCACCGCAGAUUUGCUCAUCUGAAUUGGAGUUAUGUCAAAAAGGCACCUGAACUGACAGAAAGGUGCAAAUUUAAGGCUUGUGACAAAUUCUUGGAUUGUCAUGCUUGUAAACAGUCCAAGAUUGUGACAUGCUCUUAUCCUAAGUCAGAGAGAAAGAGCACUCAAUCUUUUGAGUUAAUUCAUGCAGAUUUGUGUGGUCCAAUGUCAGUUGAGUCAUUGGGUGGGUCAAAAUUCUCUCUUCUCUUAAUUGAUGAUUUUUCUCGGAAUUCGUGGACUUUUGCUAUGCGUACUAAAGGGAGGCGACUGGGUUGAUCAGGGAUUGGAUCACUGCAGUUGAAGUGACCUUCUCCACCAAAGUUAAGAACAUCCAAAGUGACAGGGGUUCAGAGUUCACUGGUUCUGCUUUGCAGGAUUUCUUUAGGAAGAAGGGGAUUAGCCACCGAUUGACCGCCCCCUACAGUCCACAGCAGAAUGGAAUUGCGGAAAGGAAGAAUAGGACGAUUCAGGAAGCAGUGUCGUCCAUUUUAUGGGAUGCAGGGCUACCCCAAAAGUUUUGGUCUGAAGCCUGGAGAUUUGUGGUGUUUACGCAGAACAGAGUGUACAACUCAAGUGUAGGGAACACACCCUAUUUCCUGCUGCAUGGUAAGAAGCCCAAGAUGCACUACCUUCGUGUGUUUGUUUGUGAGGCCUGGGUUCUUAUUCCAAAGGCUCUACGCAAGAAAGGUGAGCCAAGAUCCAAGAAAAUGAUCUUUGUGGGGUAUGAGCCUGGCUCAAAGGCCUGGCGGUUCGCGUACCCAAGUGGAAACCAGUCAAGGUUGGUGAUCAGCAAUAGUGCUGAGUUCUGUGAACAGGCUGGGUGGUCACGUCUUCAUGCUAAUCCAGACGCGCUUUUGCAGCAGUUCUAUGACUCAGACGGUGAGGAGGAAGAGGAACUUGUUGCUGGGGACCGAAGUCCAGAGCAACGGGGUCCACCACAGGAACAGAGUCCAAGGCAGGGACAGCUCAGGAUCCCUCAGAGGGGGGAACCUAGAACACCUCCUCCAGCAACUGUCAAGUCUGAGGCAAAGAGUGAGCCUUCCUCACCUGCUGGACCAGCUGUAAGGCCCAAAAGGCGCAGCAGGUCAGAGGGGGAAGACACUGAAGUUGAGGAUGAUUUAGUAGGACCCAGUGAGUCAGGAGGAACACCAGGGUUCACACUGAGGAGGUCAGCGAGGUCAACCAAGGGGAAGCCUCCUGAUCGUUUUGAAGCUACAGGUGUCUGGGUGGGUGUAGCCAGGUGUGAACCUGAAUCCUUCGAGGAUAUUCAGAAUUUGCCUCAGGAAGAAGCCAGCAAGUGGCAUGAGGCAAUGUACAAGGAGAUGAGAUCCAUGGAAAAUCUAGGUGUGUUCUCGCUCACAGAGUUGCCACCGGGCAAACAAGCUGUGAGUUGCAGAUGGGUUUAUCGCCUUAAACCCACUGACGCUGGAGAACCACAGUAUAAAGCUAGAUUAGUGGCUCGUGGAUUCACUCAAAGGAAGGGAAUUCACUUCACGGAGGUGUAUUUGCCCACCUCAAGAUGUGAGACGCUUAGGAAGCUUCUAUCCGUCGCGGCACAGAGAGGUUGGCGGGUAAACCACUUUGAUGUGGAUGUUGCCUACCUGAACUCAGAUCUCCAGGAGGAGCUGUACAUGCUUCCUCCUCCAGGGUUUGAGAUCAUGAGGCAAGGCAUUGUGUGGCGAUUGCACAAAUCCAUCUAUGGGUUACGUCAAUCUGCCAGAAACUGGAAUAUGUGCCUGAAUGAAGCCUUGGAAGAGCUAGGUUUCAGAAGAAGUGUUGCUGACAGUUGCCUUUAUCUGAAAGGAUCAGGUGCAACACAGGAAUUUGUGCAGAUUUUUGUAGCUGAUUUGCUGUACUUCUCAGAGACAGGUAAAGAGGCAGAAAAGUUUGCUAGGGAGCUUGGUAAACGGUUCAAGCUCAAGCAGCUUGGAGCUGUCAAGACGUAUCUAGGCGUAUAUAUUGUCAGGGCACAAGAUGGAAGUUUCUUGCUCAGCCAGAAAGGCAAAAUUGAGCAACUGCAUCAGAAAUUCAGGAUGAAUGAUUGUGCAGGAGUAAGAAGUCCUAUGGAGACUAGUUUUGUAAAGGACAGUCAGCAAGUAGAACGUGCUGCGUUCGAAAAUGCUGAAGUCUUUCAGUCAGCUCUAGGAAGUUUGCUGUAUUUGUCCCAGUGGAACAGACCAGAUAUAGCAUUUGCUGUCAAUCUGCUCAGCAGGGAGGCUUCAAAUCCUUCUCGAAUAGAGAAGCUGUCUGGACUUGAUUUAAUGUCUUUCUCACACGGACCAAAGCUGUGCAUCUGCUAAUUGCUUUCUCCCGGGGCUGCGCUUGAAAAGCUGGCGCAAUGGAAGCGUAAGCUGGACGGAAAAGCGAUAAAUCUUCAGUUCGGGCCCAACAUGCUUUAUAGAAAUGUUGAUUACCAUGUUGAAAAGUGUGUGCUUUUUCCAGCUAUUUACAUACCACUUAAUUAUCAAGAUGUGGGACUGAGAAGUUAUCUGCACAUAUGCACUGCCCAUGCUCACGUAGCAGGGAGGUCACUGUUAGCACUCCAUUCUCUGUUGAGAUGCAUGGAUGCCAACAUCCAGGUUUCUGUGAUAUGGCGGACAGACCGUGGAAAAUACUAAUUUACUCUCAGAGGCUGUGAGACAAUUUAAAGUGGUGAAUGUACAAACCACCGAGGUGGGAAGGGCUGAGGUGGUAGGUUCGAGGAAAAUGCAAGGGAAAGUAAGGGUGGUUCAUAACAAAAAUGGCACCUUGUGUGAAUGGAUUUGGGAGGAUUUGACUGUGAUGGAGACAAAACAGGAAGGGAGGGCAAAAGGUAUGAGAGGCUACUAUAUGUGCUGGCAAUGUAAAGUUAUUAAGAAGACCUGGGAAGUGACAUAGAAAGAUUUGAAGAGAAUGUGGAAAAUGUUUUUUGUUAAAAAAACAGACGCUAUGAUUUUGGAAGGCACAGGACUUAAUGGAUUUAUUGAGCAAAAGACUCUGUUCCUGCAUUGGAGAGUGGACGCCAGGCCAAGACCAACCCAUCCCUAUACUGUGGUUCCUCUAGUUAGGAACUUAAUUUGUUCCAGAGGUCCGUUCUUAACCUGAAACUGUUCUUAACUAGAGGCGUGCUUUCGCUAAUGGGGCCUCUGUGCCGCCAGCACACGAUUUCCGUUCUCAUCCUUGGGCAAAGUUCUCACCUCGAGGUAACUCUGCCAGAUUAGCAGAGUUUGUAACAUGAAGCGUUUGUAACCUGAGGCGUUUGUAACUCCAGGUACCACUGCAGGAGGAAGAAGCCACCACCAAAGAAAAUAAAGAAUAUUGGCAAAAUAAAUUAAUGAACUAUGCAGGCCAUAUUAGAUAAUUUGAAACCCAAGAAAGACAGGGGUAAUGUUUAAUGCAUGCUUUGUAAGCUUUGUGUAUAGGUUUCUACCUUAAUUGAACUUCUAAAAGUCACUUGUAAUAAGAUGAAUAAGGUUUUAAAAUGGGAUUAAGAAUAUAAGAUUUUAUGGACAUGCAUGAAUCUGUAUAAAAAAAUGGAACCAGGAGGGGGAGUGGAGGGAAGUCAAUCAAGUUUUAUGGUUUAAAUUUUUGAUUGUGAUGAUUUUUUUUUUUUUUGGUUAUCAUAAAAUUAAUACAUGGUUGCCGACAACUAAGCCAUGAAUGUGUAGCAUUUGGAGAGAAAUUCUGUGUGGCAUCUUCUCAGGGUUGUUUGCACUGUAAUCUUCUUCUGCACAAAGGAGGUUUGGUAAAACCCUUAAUUGCUCCUUUUUUAAAACAAGGGGUCCCAGUACCCAAAAAACAGGGUCUUGUUCCUUUGAUGCAAGUGACCUUUUCCCUCUUAACAAGAAGACUGGGCAGAGAUGGCAGAGGCUGCAGAAAGGAGGGUGGGAAGCAGCCCUGGCAGAAAAGGCUCCUUGCUCUCUGCAGCAACUUUCCCCCACUUGGUUAAGGUCUCCCUUCAGGAAGGCAUUUGAUGUAUCAGCUAGACUGGGGUAGUCAACCUUUUCAUACCUCCCGCCCACCAAUACAUCUUUCUUGAUGGUAAAAUUUCCUUACCGCCCACCAGUGCUGGAUGGAAGGAGGAUUCAGCUUGUGCGUAGAAUCCCCUGCCGCCCACCUAGAAUCCUGAAACACCCCCUAGUGGGCGGUAGGGACCAGGUUGACAACCCCUGAGCUAGACUUUGAAGCAUGUCCUCAUGACUGUCUCGUAAUACAACUGGUGCUGUGUCAUACACAAUCCUCUCCUGGGUAGGGCGUAUCCUGGCUCCUGCAAGAGGGCAGAAGGCAGGGGAGCUGCAUUUCCCAACUUUUCUUUCUCCUCAAUUUUUGGAUUUCUUUUUUUUAAAAGAAAGAUGUUCCUAUCCAUGGACCCAAGUUCCAGACCUACAUUCCUGCAUUCCUAUGACUCAGUAGGCAAUGAUGUUUCUUCUUUUAUUCCUCUGCAUUUCAGGCGAGAGCUCCAUCCUUUUGGAGUCCAAGUCAGCAUUGUUGAACCUGGUGGUUUCCAAACAAACAUUUUCACACAAGCAGUAGAGAAUUUAAAGAAAGUAUGGAACCGAGCGCCGUCUGACAUCAAAGAAGUCUAUGGGGAACAGUACUUGGAGAACUGUGAGUAGACGCGGAGGGAUUUCAGCAUGGUUUGCAUUUUCCUGCAAACAUACCCAAUUCACACUUCAUGAAGCAAUAUAUUAACCAAUACAUAGCUCUGCUUAGGAAUUCAAACUCCUCUAAAUUUAGCAACAAGUUCUCCAGACCAACUAUGUGUACAAAGACAACUAUGAACAACUAUGUGUGCAGAACAACUAUGUGUACAUAAUAUACCAAAAUGCACUAAGCAAAUUGAUCACAAUAAAAAAAUUCACCAUGCAAGGAAAUAAUGUUUGCCAAAAUUUGCAUACAGUGGUACCUCAGUUUAAGUACAGACCGGUUUAAGAAUCAUUUGGUUUACAAAUUUCACAAAACCGGAAAUAGUGUCUUGGUUUGAGAACUUUACCUCGGUCUAAGAACGGAAUCCGAAUGGUGGAAGGGCACCGGUGUUGGGAAGCCUCAUUAGGGAAAGCACGCCUCGGUUUAAGAACGGUUUGGGUUUAAGAACAGGAUUCCGGAACGGAUUAAGUUUUUAAACCGAGGUACCACUGUAUUGUGAAAACUGAAAUGCUGAUGACUUUCAAAAGUCAUAAACUGAAAUGAGGAGAACCAAACUGAAAGAUUUUGGAGAUAUUGAAACUGAGAGAAACCUAAAUGGACAGGUUCAUCCAUUGUAGAUUUAAAUCUUUUGAGAAUGUGUUCUGUUUGAAGCCUCCAAAAUAGUUCCAGAUGCAUCUGCUUUGAUUUAGUUCUUCUAGGCAGAGGUAUCUAGAAGCUAACCAGUCCAUUCAGCUCCCAAAAGAUUUAGGUUACCCCUACAUUUACAGCACUAACUUCUGUUUUGUUUCAUAUUUCUCACACACAGAUUACCAAAUUUGCCAAUAUACCGUUAACAUUGCCAGCAGCAAGCUUCACCCGGUCACUGACUGUAUGGAACAUGCCCUGACAUCCUGCUCCCCUCGCACUCGCUACUCUGCAGGAUGGGAUGCAAAGUUCUUGUACAUUCCUGCCUCUUACUUUCCAACGUCCAUCGUUGACUUCGUGGUGAGCUGCAUUCAGCCCAAACCUGCUCAAGCUGUAUAG